AUGGAACUGAUGUUUUUACUACUUGGUAAACAUAUUGUAAACUCAUCAAUACAAGUCCAAUACCUAACUACGGAUCCUCUAUCGAUUCGAUCUAAAGCAGUUAUCCCACUAUAUAUGCUCGAUUCACUAGAAGAUGACCCCUACUGUAACAAUAAAAUAGAAAAAUAUUUCGCACGAUCACACGAUCCCAUCUUUGAUAACAUAACAUAUAGAACUUACUUUGAAACAUAUGAAAUAAGAUCAACCAGACCAAACACAUCGAACAGAACAAUAUACCAAGAUGACCUUAGAAAUUUCGUUAUUAAACGCACUAAUCGAAUACUCACAUGCAUGCGGUCUUUACGAUUAGAACACGGUGAGCCGUUUUUUUAUCAACAACUUCUGCUAAAACUUCCGUACAGAUCUGAGAAUGAGAUGUUAGGUGGUUACCAAGAUUACCGUGAUCAUUUUCUGGCCCGCUUUCCAGAUACUUAUCAGACCAUCCGCAAAAAAAAUCAUGAAUUCACACUGAGACAAACAACACAUGCCUUAAAUCAAUUCAACACUCUCAUCGAAACAAUAACCUCGUCACUAAACCCGAUACUAACAACAAACAUCCUCGACAUAAUAAAAAUUCAAUUAGAUUCCAUAAAAGUAUUACCACAAAUUGUAACCAUUAACUCAAUUGUAAAUCUACCGCCAAGCCAAUACUACUGCCGACAAACAAUAAACAAUUACCUGGGCCCACAAGAUGAAUUACAGUACAUUAUCCCUAUUUCUUCAUUACAGGUUCAGCAGACACCAGGAAAUCCUACAUGA